AUGACUCAUAUUAGUUUAAUUCAUGUUAGUAUUUCCCACAACCUGGAAUCAUCAUUAGAACAUCUGAAUUGCGCACUGCAGCGUAUUAAAGUAGCAGAACUUUCGAAUAAACCUUCAAAAUGCCGUUUUGCUCAAGAUCAUGUUCUUUAUCUAAGACGUAUUGUCGGACAAGGUUAUAGAAAACCGUCUGAUAUACGAGCAGUUGCCGAAUUCUCUGUACCUAAGAUCAAAACUGAGAUUAGAGCAUUUUUGGGUCUAGCAGGUUAUUACAGUCGAUAUAAACCAAUAGAUAAUGUGGAAGGUUACUGGUGUUCAACAGGGAUGAGAACCAGAGAAAAUCGCUUAAUUGUGACAAGUUUUAACCAUCAAGAGUUGAGCUAG